CCCUCCCGCGUCCCGCGGCCAUGGCCGGGCGGCGCUGGGCCGCCCGGUUCGCGGCCCUGGCCGUGGUCCUGGCAGCCUGGUCCCUGCCCCGAGGAGGUAGCGCCGGGCGGCUCUUCCUAAACGAGUGGGCAGCGGAGAUCCCGGCCGGCCCCGACGCUGCCAGGGCCAUCGCGGACGAGCUGGACUACGACCUGGUGGGGCAGAUUGGAUCACUGAAAAACCACUACUUAUUCAGACAUAAAAGUCACCCAAGACGAUCCCGAAGAAGUGCUAUUCAUAUCACUAAGAGACUUUCUGAUGAUGAGCGGGUGUCUUGGGCAGAGCAGCAGUAUGAAAAAAAGCGAACUAAGCGUGCCUUUGUGAGAGACUCAGCAGAAAGCCUUUUCAAUGACCCUAUGUGGAAUCGGCAGUGGUAUCUGCAAGAUACAAGAAUUACUCCAUCCCUGCCCAAACUGGAUCUCCAUGUUAUUCCUGUGUGGCAGAAGGGAUUUACAGGCAAGGGAGUUGUCAUCACAGUCCUAGAUGAUGGAUUGGAGUGGAAUCACACUGACAUCUAUGCUAACUAUGACCCAAAGGCAAGUUAUGAUUUCAAUGACAAUGAUCAUGAUCCCUUUCCUAGAUAUGACCCAACAAAUGAAAACAAGCAUGGAACACGGUGUGCAGGAGAAAUUGCCAUGCAAGCCAACAACAGAAAAUGCGGAGUCGGAGUAGCCUACAACUCCAGGGUUGGAGGUAUACGAAUGCUGGAUGGAAUAGUUACUGAUGCUAUUGAGGCCAGUUCCAUUGGUUUCAAUCCAGAACAUGUGGAUAUUUACAGUGCAAGCUGGGGCCCUAAUGAUGAUGGCAAAACUGUGGAGGGACCUGGGAGACUGGCACAGAAGGCUUUUGAGUAUGGGAUAAACCAGGGCCGAAAUGGGAAAGGCUCCAUUUUCGUGUGGGCUUCAGGGAAUGGAGGUCGUCAGGGUGACAACUGUGACUGUGAUGGUUACACUGAUAGCAUAUACACAAUCUCCAUUAGCAGUGCUUCUCAGCAAGGGCUUUCUCCCUGGUAUGCAGAGAAGUGCUCUUCAACUCUGGCCACAGCAUACAGCAGUGGGGAUUAUACUGACCAAAGAAUUACAAGUGUUGAUCUUCACAAUGAAUGUACAGAAACUCACACGGGGACCUCUGCAUCUGCACCUCUGGCAGCAGGAAUUUUUGCUCUGGCACUGGAAGCAAACCCAGGUCUAACAUGGAGGGAUAUGCAGCACUUGGUAGUGUGGACCUCAGAAUAUGAUCCACUGGCUGGAAAUCCAGGAUGGAAAAAAAAUGGAGCAGGAUUGAUGGUCAACAGCCGGUUUGGGUUUGGGCUACUCAAUGCCAAUGCCUUGGUAGAUUUAGCUGAUCCCAAAAGAUGGAAACAUGUACCAGAAAAGAGAGAGUGUAUUGUCAAAGAUAAGAGCUUUGAACCCAGAUUAUUAAGAGCAAAUGAAGAAGUCAUCAUUGAAAUUCCCACAAAAGCCUGUGAGGGUCAAGAGAACUCCGUUGCAUCUCUGGAGCAUGUGCAGCUCGAGGCAACAAUUGAGUAUUCCCGUAGAGGUGAUCUUCAUGUCACUCUGGUUUCUCCAUCAGGGACCAGCACUGUCUUACUGGCUGAGAGACAGAGAGACAAAUCUCCAAAUGGCUUCAAGAACUGGGACUUCAUGUCUGUCCACACAUGGGGGGAAAAUCCAACAGGCACCUGGAUUUUAAGAGUUACUGAUAUGUCCAAACGAAUACAAAAUGAGGGGAGGAUUGUAAACUGGAAAUUGAUUUUGCAUGGCACUGCUACGCAGCCUGAACACAUGAAGCAGCCACGUGUGUAUACAUACUAUAAUGCUGUGCAGAAUGACAGAAGAGGAGUGGAGAAGAUGACAGAUCUUAUAGAGGACCGUACCACACUGGAGAGCCUGAGUGAAAAACCCAAAGCCGCAGAAGAUACCAGCAGCAGUAGUGACAAAGCAGAAGAUAAAAUCCCAUCAGAGGCCAUGCUGCAUUUACUCCAAAGUGCUUUUAGCAGACAGAUGGAUCAGAAGCAAGUGCCAAAGAAGACUGCAAGCAAGAAGUUAAACAUUCCAUAUGAACAUUUCUAUCAAGCCCUCAAAAAAUUGAACAAGCCCUCCCAGCUGAGAGGCUCAGAAGAAAGUCUGUACAGUGACUAUGUUGAUCUUUUUUACAAUGCCAAACCUUACAAGCAUAGAGAUGAUAGACUGCUGCAAGCAUUGGUUGAUAUCAUAAAUGAAGGAAAUUAACUGUAGGGUUUGGCACUGAGUUGGAAAUAUUCAUUCUCCCCACCUGUAGGGGUUUUUUUGUUGUUUUUUUGUUUUCUUUUUUUCCCAAAAAUCUGUGUAUGCUGUAGUUGUGUGAUUGCUGCUUUGAUUGCUUCAUAUUUAAUACAAAUAUCAAGAAAGGGAAAAAAACCGGGUGCAAGGGGAUAAGGCAGGAAAAUUACACUUUUUAGUAUUAUCUUUUUUAAAAAUCUUUCUUCAGAGUAGAUUUACCCCCUCAAGCAUGAAAUGCAAUAGUACUCCCCUGAUAACCCUAACACUAUUUUAAACAAUUUUCCCAUUACUUAUUCUUCCACCCUCUUCACUUCAGCAUGCAGUAGGAUUCAAAACCUGAAUUACCAAGCAGUUUUGAACCGAACUGCCAAAGCUAUGGGGAUAUAUUCUCAUCCAUGGAUUUGUCGUGAAUAUUUCAGUCUCUGUUAUAUUUGUCAUUUAUUCUGAUUUAAUACUUGCAGCCAUCAUAGGUGUUUUGCUCCUUUUCCAAACAGUGCUCCCUUGCCCUUCUGUUCUCCUGUAAAGGAACAUCUGGGAGGCUGGGGUUGGACUGGGGUAUCAGUGAACACUGAUGAAGUUAUUCACAAUUUAGACUAUGGACAGAAACAAACUAAUUAAAAAGAGCCCCCAGUGAGGCAUUCCAGACCAUGGGAUGGCAUCCUCUCAGCUGACUUGGAACUUACCCAAGUGAAGUGCCUGAAUUAUGAGUCUUAUGGUCUUUCUAGGCCCUAUGUGUUUAAUCAGGACAGAGUCUCACUUCAGAGCACUUGGCUUUCUUUUCACCAGUUAUGAAUCACCUGAUGGAGUACUGAUCUCUUUGUGUCAAUUAUAUGAGCUUUGGGCUCCAACCUUCUACCUGUGGACCCUCAGUUAGGUCUCCAAAGUAGUACAGCUGCCUUCUGGGAUGCUUACAUCUGCAAAUAGUCAGGCCUAGUGGAAGAGACAGGGUAGCUGUUGCAGAAAAGCUCACCCUAAGACUGUAAAAUUCUCAAAGCAUCUAGGAAGACAAGGCAAAUUUGUCUGAGAUUUAAAAAAAAAGAAAAAUAAAUACCCUGAGAAGGGUGAGCAUGGAAUGUGGAGUGGAAAGAAAAGGUUGAGGCAGAGGUGGCUGUCAGAAAGCAACUAGUGUGAGUAACUCUUGCAGUUUUCCACACAUACCUCUUUAAAUAGAGACAAAAUGAUAUAUUAUUUUGCUUCUAAUAUUAAAAAAAAAAAGGAAGAAAGAAAAGAAAAAGAAAAAGAAAAAAAAGAAAAAGAAAAAAAGAAAAAGAAAAAGAAAAAAAAAGAAAAAGAAAAAAAAAAAAAGAAAGCCAUGUUGGAUGCUCAGAAAAGGUAGGGGAUCUAGAACAAGGAAAUGAAGAUUCCCAGGGGAUAGUUAUCUCAUUGAAGUGCUAAAGAAAACCCAAAAAAGUCCUGACUGUUUUUUAUUUUUCUUCCUCUUCUCUACUAUUGGAAUAUGUUUUGCAGACUCUCUAGAUAUAUUUGAUUAGAUUCUUCUUCACUGUCUAUUCCCUAAAAUUAUGCAAGUAUCUCUAAGACAGGAAUAUUACACUUUGCUCAUAAUCCAUCAGUUCAAAUAAAAGUUUUUCAAACUUCACACUCAAUUCUGUAAUUUAAAGGUAAACAUAUUUAUUGUAACUAAUUAAGUCUUCUGUGGAUAAAAAAAGUACUUCUCUAAAGACAACCUUGAAAAUAGUCUUACCAAAUGUAAGAUUUAAAAACCAAUCUUUGUGGUGGCUUUAUGCCUAUCUUGGAUUUAGCCUGCCUUUUAGCCGGUUUUGAGGAUGUUUUAAUAUUCUUCUAGUCAACAGUUGGAGGAUAGUAUCUCCACUAUUGAAUAUCUCUUGUACUGAACCACACCCUCUCUACUAAGAAAUUUGCUUAGGAAGAGAAAUAAUUAAAAAAAAAAAAAAAAAAUCCCUGCAAGUGGUCCAGAUCAGAAAGCUUUCUCUUUGCUGUCCUUUCCAUGCAAAAGCUUUCUGGCAAUGCAUAACCAAUGAACAAGCAAACCAUGAAAAUUUCUAAUUGCUGCUAUUAUAAAAUGAGAGCACUUAUUUUCUCUAAUGUUUAAUUUUCAGAGUAGACUCAUCUGGCGAGGUAAGGGCCACUUUUAGUCCUGUGCAAUGAAGCUUAGAGGCUGGUUCCCUCAGAUAACAAAUUUAGCCAGUCCUCAUUUGGGUAUAUUACAGUGAGGAAAGUACUAGCAACACUCCAUCAGGCCUUGAAAGAAAUUUUCAGGUUAGAAGGGUGGGAAACAAAAUACCCUCCUUUGUUUUAAGAUCAGUUCCUAUGGUGUAGUCAAAGUUUCAACAGAGGACAAGUUUAAAAUUUCUCUUUUGAAUGUUUCCAACCCAGAUCAGCUUGUACAGGAGUAAUUAUUUUUAUUGUUUAUCUUUCCUUGGUACCCAUGUGGGUUUUGUGAAAAAUGUAAAAGUAAAGAAAAAAAAAAAAACAGUUUUCUCUCAGAAUUUUAAAUUAUAUUUUCAUUACAGGUAUUUAUAAUAUAGAAAAAAAUUUAUUGAACAGGAAGAAUUUUAAAAGGCAUAAUAAAUUAUAUUGAAGAACCAGAUUUUUUCUUGAGAAAGAGACAAUUUCAUCCAAUAAACGUAUUUUAAAGGCAUGUUACAACA